UUUUUUUUUCCAAGGAUUAAGAUGCGUGGCGGAAAGCAACAACCUUUCAUGAUCUGUCCAAGACCAAAAGUCCUUGAAUUUUCUUUCGAAGAGUCAAAACCCCAAAACAAUACUUUAAUGGUUUCUUCCUGCUACUAAAUUUUGUCCUAAUAUAAAAACCUUCGAAUUUGCCAAAAUCAUCAUCACUCCAGGUUGUUCUUCCCACGUCAUACAACAUGCUAAAUACAAAUAACAAUGGUGAACACACAAAUUUCUUCCCUCUAUUUUCCCUUCCUUCAUUUUUCUUCAUUUUCUUUCUUAAAUUUUUGUAAAAAGCUUAUUUCUUUCUAAGAAGAAAGAUGGAAUUACCCGCUAUUUUUGCAAUUAUUCCUGUGGGACUUCUUUUUCUUAUGUCGGGUCUCAUCAUUAAUCUCAUUCAGGCUAUCCUCUAUGUCCUUGUUCGACCACUGUCAAAGAAUAUGCAUAGGAGAUUCAACAAAGUAGUAGCAGAACUUUUGUGGUUAGAGACUGUAUGGCUCUUUGAUUGGUGGGCAGGUGUGAAGGUGGAGCUGCACACUGAUUCUGAGACAUUUCAUUUGAUGGGUAAAGAGCACGCUCUUCUUAUCUGCAACCAUAGAAGUGACAUUGAUUGGCUUAUUGGAUGGGUCUUAGCUCAGAGAGCAGGUUGCCUAGGUUGCACCAUGGCUAUCAUGAAGGAUGUUUUGAAGUAUCUGCCGGUUAUUGGUUGGUCAAUGUGGUUUUCUGAGUAUAUCUUUAUCAAAAGGAGAUGGGAUGUAGAUCAAAGCACUCUAACGUCAGGUUGCGAGAAUUUAAAGGAUUUUCCUGUCCCCUUCUGGUUGGCUCUCUUUGUUGAAGGAACUCGCUUCACACAAUCAAAACUAUUAGAUGCUCAGCAGCAUGCUAGAUCAAAAGGGUUAGAUGUCCCAAAACAUGUUUUACUCCCUCGUACUAAGGGUCUUGUUUUAGCUGUGAAGCACAUGAGAUCGUUUAUCCCAGCAAUAUAUGAUAUUACCCUCGCCAUAGCCAAAGAUGAGGUCCCACCUUCAAUGCUAACAAUUUUUAAGGGCAAAUCCUCUGUCGUGAAAGUGCAUAUUAAGCGGCAUUUAAUGCAUGACUUGCCUGAAACAAGUGAUGAUAUUGCCCAAUGGUGCAAAAACAUGUUUGUAGCCAAGGAUGCAUUUCUGGAAAAUUACUUUUCUGGUGGCAAUUUUGGUAACAAAGAGAUUCAAGAUAUUGGUCUACCAAAGCAAUCGUUAAUUGUGAUGAUCGUUUGGUCAUGUUUACUUAGUGUUGGUACUUUCGCAUUCUUUUUAUGGACCAGACUCUUCUCAACAUGGCAAGGAAUCAUAAUAUCAGCUGCGUUUUUGCUUCUUGUUAUAGUCACCAUGCAGGUCCUCAUUCUGUUCUCUCGGUCAGAACCUAGUAUCGAUUCUGUACCCGUCAAGACACCCCAAAAAGAUUCGACGAGAGAAAAUCUUCUUAUAACAUGAGCAGAACUCUCAGAAAGUUUCUGUAAUCAUAGGUGAAGUUAGUCAUUCAUUAAUAUUCUUUAUAGUGGCUGAAGAUUUCUCCAUCUAAGCCUCUGAUUAUUGUACAGUUAGUACUGAUUGCAACCUUUUUUGUAAGAAAUCUGGGGUUGUUUAGUGGCUUACAUUGCAGAUGAUGUUUAAAAAGUUGUAUAGAUUGAUGUAUUAGUGUUUGAGACCUCAUUUGCAUUCAUUCUAUGGUGUUCUUUACGAGAUCAGAGCGAUAAACGAUGCUUAAGCACACUGUUGGAGUCUGUUGGAUGCAUCUCUCAAUGAUUAAUCUUUGUUAAGCUUGAAAGUUGGAGGCAUACAAAAUCUGGUUACGUUCUGUAGAUUCCAUUAAUACUUGUAAUUUUUGCCUUUAUUGUAUAAAAUGCUACUGCGAUAUGUUGUUGUUACUA